AUGGCUUCUUCAAAGAUAUUCACCAAUGGCCGAUUCCUCAGCAAUACUCAUGGCUCUCACCAAGAAUGCAUGAUCACCCAAGACUCCAACAUCGCAUACAUUGGCCCAGAGAAUGAUCCAGCAGUUCAAAAGGCAAAGUCUAAUGGCGCUGAACUUGUGAACCUCAACAACAGAGUUGUCCUCCCUGGUUUCAUUGACAGCCACGUCCAUUUAUUAUUUUUUGGUCUAUCACAGCAAAAGCUCGACCUUGGAGGAUGCAAGUCCCUUGGAGAAAUCCGACAGAGACUAUCCGCCUUCGCAGCAUUCAACCCUGACCUGCCACAUAUUCUAUGCCGAGGAUGGCUUCAGUCCGCGACUGGAGGAAUUGCGCUGGCGAGUAUGAUCGAUGACAUCGACCCAAGGCCCAUUUUCAUCGAUUCGAAUGAUCUUCACUCGGUCUGGUGUAACACUGCCGCUUUGAAGAGGCUACCCAUUGAAGAAAUGAAAGCAAAGGUACCAGAAUUCAUCACAUGUGACAAAGACGGAAACCCAACUGGCCUUCUGGCAGAAGCCGCUGUCACAGCCUUUAUCUGGCCUUUUCUUAUCAAAUCCCUUUCCAUGGAUGAUAAGAUAGAGGCAUUUGAGAGAGCAAUUGAGGCUUACUCUGCAGAGGGAUACACUGGAGUUAUCGAUAUGGCCAUGGAUGCGAUAGCCUGGGAAGCCUUGCAAGUACUACGAGAAACCAAGGGUAUCAAUCUUCAUAUCGCUGCGCACUGGUUUGUUCCCUACGAGGCAGACCAGACUCUUCUCGAUGCACAAAUUCAAGAAGCUAUCGACAUGCAUAAUAAAUUCCACCCUUCAAAGUCCCCAGAAUUUUGCAUCGUGGGCGUCAAAAUUAUUGGAGACGGUACAGUAGACGGCUGCACAGCCGCGCUAUCAUACCCCUAUGGAGAAUCUGUUGAUCUCAUUGAGCCACUAUGGCCAGCUGAGGCUUUGCAGAGAACACUGCAUCAGAUUACAAAAGCUGGUAUGCAGUGCGCCAUACACGCCAUAGGUGAUACAGCCAUCAACCAAGCCAUCGAGGCAAUAGCGAGCACCAACAAUCCUACCGCUCGUCACAGAAUAGAGCACUUGGAAAUGGCUACCCCAGAAGACGCCCUUCGACUUGGUGGUCUCGGCAUAACAGCCUCGGUACAGCCUGUGCACAGCGACCCUGCAAUCCUCGAAGGGUACUCCAAGCUUGUUAAGCCAUCAGCGUGGGAAAACGCAUUUCCUUAUAAAGAGUGUCUUGACGGCCACGCAAAUAUGGCAAUUGGCACCGAUGCACCUACAGCCCGACACUUGUCAUUUCCAAACUUGUAUAACGCAACUACGAGAAAGUCUGCACUGGAGCCUGAGAUGGACAAGGUUACGAAUGGUAAGAGUGCGCUCACUUUGGCGCAGGCUAUGAAGGCUGCAACAUAUGGAGCUGCGUAUUCAAGGUUUGCGGAGACUUGGACAGGAAGUUUGAAAGAGGGAUUGAGAGCAGAUUUCAUGGUUUUGCCAGGUAUCCCGGAAGUUCAAGGGCUCUUGGAUAUCAAGGUCGACGAGACGUGGUUUGGAGGAAAGAAGGUUUAUGACAUGAUGGAUAAAGGAAAUCAAUUGGGCAAUUCCCAUUUGUAA